UUAAAAACGACUGCCUCGCAUUUGGGUGAAACAGCUGCUAAACCAAGAAUUUGACUACUUUUGGGGAUAAAAAGUCGCAUCACAGAUUUCAUCUGAACACCACCAUCACGUGAUCUCCUGAGCUUUAAUCGCUGCUCUGUAAUUGGUUGGUUGUAACACAGCUGAGCUCAAAGGUUCCUUUGAUUGAAAGAAUCAAGACAGGCUGGUCAAAGGAACCCUUACGUUCCGGGUGCUGGGGAGACGCUCCUCUGCUAAAUUAGCUGACCAUCUUCCCUGAAAAAGCUGAAUAUCAAAAGUUGUGACAUAAAUGAUUUAAUUCUAAACUCAUUUAUGGGCAGAAUGGGGUUCCUGCAGCUGCUGAAAUCCCAGUUCCUGUCCCACCUGUUCAUCUGCUACGUGUUCCUGUUGAGCGGCCUCAUCGUCAACCUGUUGCAGCUCUGUACUCUACCUCUGUGGCUGGUCAGUAAGCAGCUGGCUCGAAGGAUCAACAUCAGACUGUGCUACUGCAUUGCUAGUCAGUUGGUAGCAACCCUGGAGUGGUGGUCCGGGACAGAAUGCACUCUCUACACAGACCCAAAAAGCUAUCCGCUUUAUGGAAAGGAAAAUGCAAUUGUGGUUCUUAACCACAGCUUUGAAAUUGACUUUCUGUGUGGCUGGACCUUCUGCGACAGAUUUGGAGUUCUUGGGAGCUCAAAGGUGUUAGCCAAAAAAGAGCUGGCUUAUGUGCCAGUGAUCGGCUGGAUGUGGUACUUCCUGGAGAUAGUUUUUUGCAAAAGGAAGUGGGAGGAAGACCGAACAACUGUGACGCAGAGUCUUCAGAACCUAAAGGAUUACCCUGAACACUUUUGGUUCCUGCUUUUUUGUGAAGGAACGCGCUUCACACCAAAGAAGCACCAGAUCAGCAUGCAAGUGGCCCAGAGCAAAGGUCUGCCAAAGCUAAAGUACCAUCUUCUUCCCAGAACCAAAGGAUUCUGGGUAACUGUCCAAAACCUGAGAGGCACUGCUGCAGCUGUUUAUGAUUCAACACUAAACUUCAGGGACAACGAAGUUCCGACUCUGCUCGGAGUUCUCAACGGAAAAAAAUAUCAUGCAGAUUUGUAUGUGAGGAGAAUUCCCCUAGAGUCGAUUCCUGAAGACGAGGCGGAGUGUUCCGCAUGGCUCCACAAGCUUUACCAGGAAAAGGGCAGUAGUUUCCAGCCUGGAGUCUGCGACCCUCCCAAGAGUGUCCCAGAAGGUUGCAGGGGGUCCCCAACAUUUUGUCUACCCUGAGGUUGUAAGGUUACCAAGAAAUCCCAACAACACACCCAAUAGUAUAAUCCGAACUCUGUGUAAGAGUUAUACCUCUGUAUGUCUGUAAAGUUUGUAAUUAAUCAUCUUUAACGUGUUUAUGCAGUCAGGAGUCAAGGUUGGGUGUUGCUCUACCUAGUCUUGAAUACAAGAAGGGGGACCACUAAGAGAAAGGUCGGAAAUCUUUGGUGCAGGGUAUGGUGUGGAACGGUUUGGGAUCAGGGGUGGGGAGGUGUAUCAAGCAGGUUUUAGUUGUUCCUCUGCUCCAACACACCUAACUCAGUGAUUGAAUCAUCUGUUGACCGGGUUAUCAAGCUCUGCAGAAGCCUGUUAAUCACUGACUGAUUAAAAGUGGGUGUGUUGGAGCAGGGAAACUACUAAAACAUGCUGGACAGAAGCAUUUGAGGAUUGCCUAACCCUGUUACAGGGUAUGGGGUAUGAGUUAUGGUAUCGGUAUUGGUACGAUAAGUAAAACUGGAGCAAUGUUAUUGCCAAAAAUGUGUUUCCAACUAUUUUCCGUUCAUGUAUCUGUUUUGAGAUGCACCAUGUGGCAGCGAUGGUAAUCAUCUCAUGAAUAAAAUUGGUUAUCGGCCAUGAAUAAAAUUGGUUAUCGGCCAUGAUGGCAAUCUUAAUAGCCAGAGGUGUGGACUCGAGUCACAUGAUUUGGACUCAAGUCAGACUUGAGUCAUUAUUUUUAAUGACUUCUGACAUGACUUGAUAAAAAUCUAUAAAGAUGACUUGACUUGGACUUGAACGCCAAUCACUUGCGACUUGAAUUGACUUGUAUCUGUUGACUUGAUGAUGACUUCAGAAUCAAAAUCAGAAUCGGAAGGUUUUAUUGCCAUAUGUGUCCCAAGUCACAUUAGGAAAUUGCUGCGGUAUUUGGUGCAGAAGUUAAUUUUAUAGGAAGUAAUAAAACACCCAUGAUAAAAUUAUUCAUGUAAAAAGUGGCAAGAAUUAGAGAAGCAGCUAUCUACCCCGUGUAGGUACUAAUCUGAGUGUUUUUCAA